AUGGGCGAAUACCGUAUUGAGGUAUCCCCCAACAACCGCGCUGGUUGCAAGGAUAAGGAAUGUCAGGCCAGAGGUGAGAAGUGUACCAAAGGCACCAUUCGCUUCGGAUCCUGGGUUAUGAUCCGAGAACAUGGAAGCUGGGCAUGGAAACACUGGGGUUGUGUCUCUGGUCAACAGCUAGAGAACGUCCGUGAACUGUGCCAGCAGGCCGACGGCACUUUUGACUGCAAUUUUAUUGACGGCUACGACGAGCUUGGCGACCACCCAGACCUUCAGGAGAAGGUCCGCCGCUGCGUUAACCAGGGCUUCAUUGACCCUGAGGAUUUCAAUGGAGACCCUGAAAAGAACAAGCUCGGUGAGAAGGGCAUUCAUUUGACCGCUACACAGAAGAAAAAGAAGGAGGCGGAUGCUGAGGCUGCUGCCGCAGACGAUGAGGACAAGCCCAAGGCCAAAGGAAAACGUGGACGUAAGAAGGCUGCCAAUGAGGAUGAGGAGGACCAGCCACAGCCCAAGAAAGCCCGAAAGGCUGCGCCUGUGAAGGCUGAGGACAGCGAGGAGGAGAAGCCUGCCCCCAAGAAAGCCCGAAAGGCUGCACCUGUGAGGGCUGAGGACAGCGAGGAGGAGAAGCCUGCUCCCAAGCCUGCCCGUGGACGCAAAGCUGCCAAGGUCAAGAACGAGAGUGAUGGUGAAACUGCCGCUCCUAUUUCCGCCCCCGCCCAGAAAGGGCGCCAAGUGUCAGCUCAGAAGGUCAAAAACGAAUCCGAUACCGAGGAGAAACCAGCACCUGUCAAGAAGGGACAAAAGGCGGCCACAAACAAGGUUAAGGACGAAAGUGAAGACGAUACUCCUGCCCCUGCUCCCGCCAAACGAGGACGUCGAGCUGCUGCUGUGAAGGCAGAGGAAGACAAGCCUGCUCCCGCCAAGCGGACACGAAAGGCUGCCACUAAAAAGGCCGCGACUCCUGAGGAGGAGGAAGUUGACGAACAGGAGGAAGAGAAACCUGCACCAAAGACCAGUGGUCGUCGAGGCCGUUCUUCCAAGGCUUAA